AUGACUUCACAAACACCAAAGACAUUAACGGAAAUAAAUAACAAGCACUUUAACAAUCGUGCCACGACUUAUGAUGGUGGAAUAAGAGUAAUUAUAGCAGAAAAAUGUGCUAAAGCGAUAUUAGAAGAAUUUGACCAUGAUUCAUCUUCUGAUAGCGAUGACAAUGCUAAUGAACAAGCCGCGGAAGCAUCAGGACAAGAAAAUAAUAAUAGAAUUGGCCUUCUUGAUGAAGGCAAAACUCAA